AUGAGUUCAGAAAAGAGAUUGCACAGCGAUAUUAAUAAGGAUCAAUAUAAGAAUGAAACUUAUCCAACAAGUAGAGUAAAGAGAAGAGUUUCUCAUUAUUGUAGUAGAAGAUAUGAAUAUGAUGGAAAUAAUUUACUAUCAGAUCUUAUUAAAAUCUAUGAUCAAUAUUUUAAAUCAAAAAAUGAUAAAGACGAUUCUUCAGAAACAAGAUUGAAAUGUGUUCAGUUCUUUGUUAGAUAUCACAACGAUACCAAAUACCCACAUUAUUUCGAUGUCAAAGGUUAUAAUAAAUUCAUUGCUGAGGUGUUCUUUGAUAGAUCUGAAGAUGUUUUCAAUGAAAUAUUGAAAUUAAAAUGUGCAAGACAAACCAAAAUAUUACUAGAUAUUUAUUACAUGAUAAUCAAAGAUAAUAGAUUCAACACUUUCUUUAAAGGGUUGAAUGAAUCAGAUGAAGCUCAAUUGAAAUCAAAGAUAUCAAGAAUUUGUGAUAGAUUUGAAGAAAAGAGGAAUGAACCACUUGGUUUUUUCACCUAUAAUAAUCUAUAUGAUAUCGUUUAUAAUGGCAAGAGUAUUGAUAAAGAAACAGAUAACAAUAAUGAUAAAUCAACAACAAUAAUAGGAGCAGAACAAACAAUAAAGACUAUAGAGACAAGAGGAACUACAGAUAUUGAAACAACAAAAACAGAUACAACAAACCACAUUAAAAUAUCAGAUUUAAUAUUGUGCAAAAUCAUUUCAAAAUUUGUUGCUUUCGAUAAAGAUAAGGAUGAAAUAUCUAUUAGAAAUAAUAGAUUCAAAAGACAUUUAGAGUUUAUUCCCUAUCUCAUUGACGGUGGAAAUGUAAUGGAUUUUGCUCUGGUGUCGAAACAAUUCUUCAGAGUUGUUUCAAAAAUCAUCAACGACAAUCUAUUCUAUUGGAAUUCAUAUAUUGAUAUCAACAACAACAGUGAGUACAACUUAAUCAAAUCAGCACCAUUAUAUUUCGAUUAUGAAUCAAUCAAAUACAUUCCAUAUGAUAAAGGUAUUGAAUAUGUCAAUCAAUUGUUAUCAAGAGUCGAAGUUUUCACAAUGGAAUCAGAUGAAUUUGAUUAUUCUAUCAAUUCUGAAGUGAGAAGAUUGGAGGAGCUAGACCCCGAAGAAUACCCUGAUGAGAUUUAUGAUGAAUACCGUGAAGCAGUUCUAAAGGAUGGAUACUUAAUACGUCCACCAAUAAUGCCAAAUCUCAAAGAAAUCAUCGUUCUAAUGUAUCAUGGAUUCGAAUGGAACUACUGUGAUUUUCUAGUGGAUCUGUUUGCCAACACACCAAGUGGCGAUGGACAUGGUAUCGAAAGAUUCGCAAUUAACAUUCUAAGAGAUUGGAAUAUUUCACCUGAUUGCAAUAAUAUGGAUUUCCUAACUUCGCUGUUGGAGUAUCAUUCAAAGACACUAAAAUCAAUAACAAUUAAUCGUGAUUCAUUUAGAGCAAUAGAUUUUCGAUUGUUAGUCGAUAUCCUCAUAGAUCUAGCACCAACAUUAAAAGAGAACAACAUUGAUUUUAAACUAGAAGUAUACGUUGAAAUCGACGAAUUUAUUAAAGAUAAUGAUAACAAAGCAAUAAUUAAAUAUUUAUUAGAUAACACUAUAAUUCUAAAAACAAGACAAUACUAUUAA